UUUGAAACGAACGAACACCAGUUGAGGUCUUUUUGUUUGCAGGACGAAUCCGAGUCAAACCAGGCAGAAACCACAGGAAAACGUAAAAGGCUUUUCCAUAAGGAAUUGAGAUGCAUGAUGUUUGGUUUUGGUGAUGAUCAAGUACCUUUUACUGAAUCUGUGGAUUUGCUGGAAGAUCUUGUUGUAGAAUACAUCACAGAAAUGACACUAAAGGCAAUGGAAGUUGGUAAAAAAGGAAAGGUGCAUGUCGAGGAUAUCGUCUUCUUGAUCAGGAAGGAUCCAAAGAAAUAUGCCAGAGUCAAAGAUCUCUUGACUAUGAAUGAAGAACUCAAGAAAGCAAGGAAGGCUUUUGAUGCUGAAAGCUAUGGAGAAAUGGUGUAAAGUUUAGAGGGAUAUUCUGAAUUUUAAAAGAAACUGCCUCUUAAAUAUAACAAUAUAACAAUGACAAUAGUGUCAUAUGAGCAGGCACGUGCUCAAGGGCAAGUUCCUAAAUAACCAUUUACAAAAACUCCCAAAGUAGACUUGACAGGACAGCUCUAGUAAAUGGGUGCAGAAAGUAUCCUUUGAAUGUUCAGCUGUAAUGUUUUGAAAGUUGUUGAGUUAUUUCUUGGUUGGAUAGUAUCAACAUAAUUUGUCUCACGUUGUCUACCAAUAUUUUUGCCUAGGAGUACAACAAAAGUCAUACCGGGCAUUCAUCUGCAGACAUAAGUUUAAAGACUGCCAGAAAGAACAUCUUGUUUCAUAUGUACCUACGGAGUUCUGCUGUCAACACCCAUAGUUUAAUCUGAUUUUCAAAUGCCUGGAAUAUCAUUA